UCAAACAUUAUGGACCUGACAUGUUAAUAUGCUGAGCUCUGCCCUGUGAUUGGUUGAGAAAAAGAGGGGGAGGAGCUUAACUGUUCAUACUGUCACUAGAGAAGUCAAAGCUGCUGUGUUGAUGAUUGUUAAAACUGGCCAGUGUUGUAGAUGUGGUGUGAGAGAGUGCAGUCCAACAAGUGGACAUCACUGUUGACCGGUUAAAACCGUGAUAAGACUGUAUCCGCAUGGCUCACUAGUAGCAUGAGACUUACUUGUUAAAGAGUUCCUUACUCAAAGACUCGCUGUACUUACUGUGACCUCUCCCACAGUCUUCAGCUGAGUUCUAUAAGUAUCUAGGGUAAACUCCCGUUCGUCGUCCUUGACGGGAGAUUUUGCGCAUUGAUUUGCAUACUUCUUUACAACUUAGGCCAAACCUGGAGUAUUGAACUGGGCGCAGAACAGAGGACAAGCACUGCAACCAUUUCGAUUGCAUGGUCGAGAACGGUUGGGUACAUCAGACCAUGUAUGCUACCAAACGCAGGAGGCGAACGGUAAAGAGUGUUAAAGUUCCAAUGAAAGACCCACCGAAGAGCAACCCUAGCAAGCGUCACCGAGAGCGUCUCAAUGCAGAAUUGGACCACCUGGCCAGCCUACUACCGUUUGAACAAAGUGUCAUCUCCAAGUUAGAUAAACUGUCCAUCCUUCGACUCAGCGUCAGUUACCUGCGUACCAAGAGCUACUUUCAAGCUGUGUUACAAAAUAAGCACUAUGGUUUAGAGCACCACAUAGGAAGCCAUCAUGGGCAUCUCUUCACAGAUCCUGAUAUCAACUCAGAGGGGGAAUGCAAUCUUCAGGCUCUAAAUGGGUUUCUUAUGGUGAUAUCAUGUGAUACAGAGGUUUUCUAUGCCUCCAGAACAGUGGAACAGUACCUGGGAUUCCAUCAGUCGGACAUCAUUCACCAGAGUGUGUUAGAACUGAUUCACUCAGAAGAUCGAGAAGAAUUCAAGAGGCAGCUUUCAUGGACGUCCAUGUUACCACCAGAGAAGUCUAGUAUGACAUUGCAGGAACUUAUGUUGGCAGAAAAUGUUCAUCUCCUGCACCGCUCUUUCACUGUACGGUUCCGUUGUUUGUUGGACAAUACAUCUGGUUUUAUUACCCUGGAGAUCACAGGCUGGCUGAAAUACCUUCAUGGACAGAAUGUGAAGUCAGAAGAACCUCUGUUGGCUUUAUUUGCAACUUGCUGUCCAUUUGGUCCACUCCCAGUGCUGGACAUGCAGCAGAGGGACUACACGUUUAAGAGCAAACACAAGAUGGACUUGUCUCCAGUGUCCAUUGACCACAGGGGAAAAGUACUGUUUGGAUACACAGACCCAGAGUUAGCAACGCGAGGCGGCUAUGAUCUCAUACAUCCAGAUGAUCUGAACUAUUACUCUGCGGCACAUCAGGAAUUAAUGAAAACUGGUAACUCAGGUUUGAUAGCCUACAGACUGAUGACAAAAGACUGUAGGUGGCUGUGGUUGCAGAGUAGCUGUAAGAUUAUUUACAAGAACAGCAAGCCAGAUUUUGUUCUUGUCACACACAGACACCUCACGGAUGAUGAGGGUAAGGAUUUAGUUAGAAAACGUGGUACAGAGUUCAAGCUCCCAUAUCCCAUAAUAGACUGUGGUGACACUCUCAGUGAACUGGGCUCUCCAAUAGAAGAAUCUCCCUACAGUCCCAAGUUUAAGUCACAGAAGAAGCAGAAACCCAACAAGCCCCAGCUCAAGGACUACCUGCAGACAGGAAGGAAAAGAAAGCAACCAUACAGGGAAGGAGUGAAUGGACUGAAUGGAUACUCCCCAUACAGUCCCAUCAGUGGUUUCACAGCGGCCCAAAAUGGUGACCUCAAGACGGCGGCACCCACAGAGUUGAUGUACCCAUAUGCAAGCAAUAACUUUGGUCUGGAGGCAGAUUUGUAUCGCUCUCAUAGUUAUCACACCGCGUUUGCCACAGCGGGCUUGUAUCCUAGUGCAGCAGAUAGUUACAGAAUAGCCGAGGCAGACAAACACACAUAUCCCAAUGGUUACUACUUGGAGCCAAGGCAGUACCAGCAUACUCUACAUUACAAUAGCAAUACCUAUCCGGACUUGAUGGCUACCACAAGUAAAUAUGGUUACGAUGUAGCCAAGUAUGGCUAUGAUGUGAGUGCCUACGGGCACGAUAAAUAUGGGUCUGAUUAUCGAAAAUAUGAUUUCUCAAACGAGCGACUGAGCCAUCAAAUGAAUGGUAGCUUCAUGGACUCCAUGUGUUUGAAAUCCAGAAUCUCAUCCAGUUCCUCUCUUUUGAACACUGAUGGUUUGGUCUCUACGAACAUUUCUAGCAAUCCAUGUUCAGCAUUUCGGUCAGAUAUAGCUACAGAUCGCUAUGACCAGCAUGUUUCUGAACUAUUACCAAGGGAGAACGGUAAAAAGAAUUCCUCUACAGUGGAGGGCUCCACUAGCCCCAAGAAUGUACUCCCAAACGGCCAUGGCUCAGUGAUCAUCAACCCCAAACCCAAAUCUGUAAGUCGUCAAAACAGCAUUGAAGCCCUGGCGUCCACAUCCACCUCGGUGAUUCAGGCCACCAGCUCGUCCAUGCCUCUGUCUCAGUCUUCUGUGUGGUCACCAUGUAACCGCUUGACCAGCCCAGAGGAUAAGGAACACCCCGACCUCUCCCGGUCAUCCUCCCAUGACCAGUCCAAUGGGUCAAGUCCUAUGGCCAGCAGGGACGACCUCAGUCCAGUUGCCCUAAAUUCUACCAAUCACAACAAUUCUUCUAGUCCUGUAUCUGCUACCAUGGCAACCUCAGUGAUCCAGCCAACAGACAGAAGGACCAUGGCUCUGCCAGUAUCCCAACAUAAGCAGCCUUCCUCUAUCUCUGGUGGUAUAGCUGUCCCGGUGGUGAAGUCCACUCCAUGGAUACAUCACAUGGGGCUCCCCCUUGAGCACAGGCCAUGGACAGGUAGUGACACCUAUGGUUGUCCUACCACACUAAGAGGGGGUGACACUUACCAAUCUUCCUUCCACGACGCAAGGUUGUCUUUGAAGAUAGAUGAUAGAAGUGGAGGACCCAAUCCCAUAAGCCCUCUUCUCUCUUUCUCUGAAGUAACUCACACCCUGCUGAGCAGUGACCAGUGACCAAGAAAUAGCACUGAUGACCAUGAAUCAUUGAAUGAACUAUUGAGGGAAGGACUACUUAAUGAAUUGACCAUCAGGGUGGCCAUUCUUGACUACUGAAUAAUCAGGGGACUGCUUUCUUAGAUGACAAGUAAUCAAGAAGUGAUGACUGAAAAAUGCAUUUAGGGGCAAUUUUAAGAAAAUGACAAAUUUUAUGGCAAUGAAAUUUGUUUGAGGAAGAACAGUCUGAGAAAUAAUGUUCACAAGAUUGACACCAUUAGAAGUAAAUAUCUUAAAGGAUAGUUAAAUGUAGAGUCAUUUGAAACAAUUCAAGUUGAUAAUAAAGUUCACAUCAUGGUGCUAACAGCUGUUUUUUUUUUUUUUUUUUUUUUUUUUUCAUUUUUAAAAUACAGCUUGCCAAAAUAUAUGUACAUUUGUUUAUCUAAAGAUGGUUAAAGGAUGACUUAAAUAGACAUAGCAUUAAAUAUCAUGUACAUGUAUGUACUGUAGUUGUAGAUAUCCUUUUAAAGAAAAAAAUAUUUCUUGAAUACCCAACUCAAUAUGUUCCCAAGAUCCACCAUAAUUUGUAACCACAAAUUACAUUUGAAGAAGGUUGUGGACAUAUUUUUUUAAGUGGAAGUACACUCAGAACAAUCUAUGCGAGUUAAAUGCUACAAUCAGGUAAAAUAGAUAAGAACAGUUUAAAAGAAAAGUUUAUGUAAUGUAUUUUGAGUACAUUGUUCAUUCUUAAUCUUUUUAAUACAAAAAAUACCAUGAAUUUUAUUGUAUGUGUGCACAUAUUGGCAUCUUUUUUUUUUUCAGUAUAGACAUUGAUAUUUCAGCUAGUAGUACUCACAGAUGAAAAUUAUAAAAUUAUCUGGUUUAUUUGAGAAAAAACCGACAUAGCUCCAUAUAAACCAGUUUUCUUUAGUUCUUAGAACUGCUUUUUUAUGACAUGCCCUAUUCAUCAGAAAAUUCCGCUCACCAUCAUACAGGUGUGUUAGUAAUUUGUGUGAUGUGUGCAACAUCUCAUAAUGAAUUUUAGAGGUCUUCGCGGCUGAAACAAAGCCAAUUAAAACAUAAGGUCCCAAUACCUCUGAAAGCCUACUAAAAAAAUGAAGCAAUUUUAUGAACCACCAACCAGCCUCUUUUUAAAAGGAGUUACCAUUGAAUUUUGCUGCAUCAAUAGUGAUUCCAAUCCUGGUAUUUCAUUGUAUUCAACUGCCAAACCCAUUAUACUCAUUGUCAAAGAGGGAUUAAUUUUUUGAAAUAAAAAUGUGAAAACAUAGACAAGUUCAUUUUAGAAUGACUUGCAGGAAUAUUUUGUGUUCGAUUCGGGUAAUUUUUAUUGUUUGUAACAUUAGUUCCAAUAUUGUCAUCUCCGUAUGUGUAGGCGUCACAUGUACUUGCACAUGUAUUUUUAUGGUCAUUUUGUUGAAUGAAGUUUUAAGUCUUUAUUUAUUUACAGUGACUUGGAAACUUCAAAAUUGAGCAGUUAUGUUGUUAAAUAUUUUAACAAAAUAAGAAAAAAAAUAUAACAUAUGCCAAACAAAUGUAAGUUUACAUUAGUUUUUCAUGUUAUUGACAUCUAAGUCUACAUGCAAAUAUAAUUCAAAUAUUGUAAAAAAAAAAAUGUGGGGUUAUUGGUUCUGUAAAAUGAAUACAGGUUUUUAAAUGUAGUAUAGAUUUAUGUGUGUACACUCUUUUCAUGGAACGUACUGUUUUGCUGAUGUGGUUCCAGUCUGCUUUGACAAAGGGGUAAGCUUAAUUUGACAAGAAAGGUGGGUGAAACACCUACAAUUAUGAGAGUAUA